UGGCUGGGAAUAACGGACUUUCUCCGGGUGCCACGCGGACUCGAGUGUUCCGGGUUUCAGCUUUACUGAGUGGCCAAAGCAGAAGGAAACUUGCCUUCCCAUUUGAGGGAUUCUGUCACAGGAAUGAAUGCAUGAGUCCCUGGAUAAAUUUGUCUGGUGAUGGCAGUGUGCUCUUCCCAGAGAUUCUGCCACAUCUUCCUUGCUGCUUUUCUGCCCUGACCCAAGGUUCUCACUGCUAACCCCUGUGACAAGUCAGAAGAUUUGCUCCUUCCAGGAUCUUCUGUCCCCAGGUCCCCUUUCCCGUUUUUUUGCCAUUCUAAUGAGAAACUGAGACCAAGGUGUCCUCAAUCAGCCAUGGCUGUAAAGGAAAUGAGGACCAGUGGAGAAGGCCUCUCGACAGUAAGGUAUUAGAUUCUGCUGGAUUCUUCUUAUCUAACUCUGUUGCUGCUAGCACAGUUUCUGGGAAUUGCAUCGAGAAAUCUAUCUACCUCCCAUGGAGCUCCAAUCUCUGCCUAAGAGGAACAGCCCAGUGGACCCAUGCAAUGUUGUGGAAUGGAAUUCAGGAGAGACUUCUGGUGACCAUGGAGAAGAGGCGACCAUCAGAGCUGCUCUUUGCUAUCAGAAAAACUUUGCCUCAACACCAAGGGCAGCUGUGGGGGAAGUGUGUAGACUUAGCCCUUCUCCAGCAUCGCCAACCUUCUUGCUCCAAGACAAUGUUAUUCAAGCUACCAUCUUCCCAUCGAGACUUCCUGACUCAGGGAACAACCAAGUCACAGCUGAUCGAAAAGUCUGCAAUUGUUGUAGCCAGGAACUAGAAACUUCUUUUACUUACGUGGAUGAGAAUGUUAACUUGGAACAGAGAAGUCAGAGGUCUCCAUUAGCCAAGGGCAGUACUCGCCCUGGAGAUCUUGGAUGGGAAAACCCUAGCGAAUGGUCUCAUGAGGCUGCCAUGUCUUUGAUGUCUGAAGACGAUGAUGACACAAGUUCAGAAGCCACCUCCUCAGGGAAGUCUGUAGACUAUGGUUUCAUCAGCGCUAUCUUGUUCUUAGUCACUGGUAUCUUGUUAGUGAUCAUUUCUUACAUUGUCCCUCGGGAGGUGACAGUGGAUCCCAAUACAGUGGCAGCCAGGGAGAUGGAACGCCUAGAAAAGGAGAGUGCAAUGCUAGGUGCACACCUGGACCGUUGUGUGAUCGCUGGGCUCUGCCUCCUCACCCUCGGGGGAGUUGUUCUCUCCUGCUUGCUGAUGAUGUCUAUGUGGAAGGGGGAGCUCUAUCGUCGAAAUAGAUUUGCCUCUUCCAAAGAGUCUGCAAAACUCUAUGGUUCUUUCAACUUCCGGAUGAAAACCAGUACUAAUGAAGACACCCUGGAACUCUCCUUGGUAGAGGAAGAUGCCCUUGCUGUACAGAGUUAGUUAUAAAAUCCUUGAGAGACAGCCCUACCUUUUAUAUGAAAAAAAUAUUAAGUGUGCCCUUUAUUUGUUUGGCAAGAAAAGUGUUCUCUCCCCCACAAACUAAAAGCCAAUGAGUGUUUUGUUCCCAUGAAUCUUGUGUAUGAAAGCCUGUGUAAAUUGUAAAAGAAACCAUGGCCAGCAAAUCCCUACUUGCUGCAAACUGAAAACUAAUUCACCUGAAAUCACCAUGAGUUUCUUCUAAACAAAAUACUUCUGCUGACCUAAUAUUUAAGUGUUGUCUUAUACAUAAACAUGGAUAUUAUUACUAGGGACUAGAAGGGCUCCUGCAUAAUGCGAUCACUUGGCAAUCUAUCCCAUGAAACAUAAACAGUAAUUAAAUAGUAAGGCUUACAUUUAACUCCCAAAGGUGCUUUUCCAUUUUCUUGUGGAAUUUUCUUCCUGUAAUUCAGCUAAACCCUAAAAUGUAGAC